UGAGGUGGGAUUCCUCAGAGAAAGGGAGACGGUCUGGAAACUAAUUAAGCUUUUAGAGAGAGCGCGCGCACGGACGCAGUUCUGUGGCGUAGUGUUGGAGAACUGUAGCAGGAUUAUUACAGCAAUAGUAUUACAGGGUUGUGGAAGCAGUAUUGCAGUGUCACAGGGCUGUAGUAGCAGUAUUACAGGGCUGUGGGAAGCAGUAUUGCAGUAUUACGGGGCUGUAGUAGCAGUAUUGCAGUAUUACAGGGCUGUGGGAAGCAGUAUUGCAGUGUCACGGGGCUGUAGUAGCAGUAUUGCAGUGUCACGGGGCUGUAGUAGCAGUAUUGCCUAGUUUCAAGGCCGACAGCAGUGUUUUGGAGAGCCGCUAACAUGAGCUCUGAGGCCGGGAUGAAGGACGCUGAGCUGGGCCUUAAGGAGGUCGAGCUGAACGAAGUAGACCAGGAGAAGCUGCCGAUGACAGCGGGCCUGGCUGGGGACACGAACGGGGCUGUGAAAGGGGAGAAGGGGGAAGCGACUCCCGGCUCGGGCCUUGGAGUUGGGCCUGCGACUCCCGCUAAGUUCACGGGCCUGAGUAAAGAUGAGCUGCUGGCGGUGGCGAGCAGCCCGGCCUGGGUCCGGAGCCGCUGGCUGCUCUUAACCCUCUUCUGGCUGGCCUGGCUCGCCAUGUUGGCGGGGGCGGUGGUGAUCAUCGUCCAGGCCCCGCGCUGCCGCCCGCUCCCCCCCUCCCCCUGGUGGCAGCGCGGCGGCCUCUACCGGAUCCACAGCCCGGCCUUUCAGGACUCGGAUGGAGACGGCGAGGGAGACCUGGCAGGAGUGAGUCAGAGAAUGGAGGAGGUUGCUGCCCUCAAGGUCAAAGGCAUCAUCAUUGGCCCAAUCCACCAGAAUGUUGCAGACGUGGUCAACGAGACAAGGCUGAACAAGAUCGACAGCACGUUUGGCACCUUGGAGCAGAUGGAGAAGCUGCUGGAGGUGGCCAGGAGGAAAGGUCUCAAGGUGAUUCUUGAUCUCACUCCCAAUUACAAAGGAAAGCAGAAGUGGUUUGGGAUUAACUUCAACAGGACUGAUGGUGGCCAGGAUGUGUUAAAGGAGAAGGAGGCAUUUCAGUUUUGGCUGAAGAUGGGUGUGGAUGGACUGAGUGUGUCAGGGAUUGAGGAAGUUCUAACUUCGGCUCCCCACAGAGUGAUUGAGUGGCAGAACCUCACCAAGAAUUUCUCUGGGGAUGAUGACCCAAGAAUUUUCAUUGCUGGCACAGCCAUUUCUGAAAAUGAGGAGAUUCUGCAGCUGUUAAAUCGAUCAGAUACUGACCUUUUCUUCAGUUACUAUCUCCGACAAAUCCUUUUGGCUUCGAAGCCUCCAGUUGCAAGGAGUGUUCAGCAAAGUGUGGAGAACUACAUCGAGAACUGUGGCAAGUCCUGGCCAAGCUGGGCGCUUUCAGGUUACGAAAUGGGUCACAUGGCAUCGUCGAUACAGCAACACCUUCAUGGACUGGUCCACAUGAUGCUCUUCACUCUCCCUGGGACUCCUUUUAUUUAUUAUGGAGAUGAGAUCGGCUUGGAAGACAACCAGGUAAACAAGGGAAAUGCCCCAUGGAUGCUAUGGAAUAAUUCAGCAAAUGGAGGCUUCACGUCCAAACCGAGUUUUCGUGAAGCCCCACUGUUAAAUCAAACAGUCCAGGGUCAGAAAUCUUCUCCAUCUCCCCUGUCUCUGUUUAAGAAGCUGAGCUUGCUGAAAAUCAAGGAGCGAUCAUUACAGUUUGGCGAGUUCCAGUCUGUCUACAGCAAAGGAAAUGUCUAUGGAUACACUCGGGUCUGGGACCAAAGUGACCGGUUCCUUGUGUUGGUCAACCUCGACACCCAGUCUGCAGUGGUGUCGCUGGUGGAUAGCUCCCUCCCAGCCAAAGCCUCUAUUGAGCUGAGCUCAAACACUGAGAGGUCAGAGGGACAAAUCAGUUUGACUGAUCUUCAUCUGAAUGCAGGCGAGGGUCUGUUGUUGAACUUCCCUUAUGUUGCAUGAGAUGCUGACACCCCCUCACACUGACCCCAAGUGUAGCAACAGACCUUGGGGAUGGGAUUAAAUUCUCAAUCUUUUACUCUCACAUUCCAUGGUUAACAUGUUUUCCGGUUCAAUUGUAUUCCUCAGUAAUUGCAGUUUCUUUCUAAAGUCCCUUGUGGAACUUCUUGUGGAGCUUAUGAUUAACUCCUAGCUCUUGUCACCCAUAGAGCGACAGAGUCUGACCACUUGCAUCUUCCUGAUGUGGUCUGUGCAUUUUGAAAGUAAAACCCACACAACUUCCCAAAACCUUAAAAUCGCACUGCACUGUCCUGGACUGAAUUGUGAUAGUUUUCAUCAUGCAGUACCUUCCAGGGUUGAUUCUGUUUAGUAACUUUGUGCAUGUGGAAACAGCAAAGUUGUCUUUUGUUGUUAAUUAAAUGUUCAGCAUGGCGUGCCUUUUGUUCACUUUUUUUUCAAAAUCUGACUAACAUUUUUGAAUCUUUUAUAUCUUUUGUUUCAAUAAAUCAUUUUGAAAGAAGGUUCCUGAUCAAAA